AUGUAUUACACUAUAUAUACCCCCAAGAUCAUUCUUCGCACAUUGGUGUACGCGUGCAGCGUUGAAACAUUCAAGCGUGCUCUGAAUAGCCAUUUCGUGAGUGAUGUUUCUGGUGUUGAGAGGCGAAAUGAAUCAUUCCCACAUGCGGUGAAGGAGCGUAGGAUGCUUCGACGCCACCCUCUUGUCUGCCUGCGAACAGAGCAGCCAGCUGCGUGUCGGGAGGCCGAACGAGAGCGCCUUUUAUAUAUUUUUGAUGAAUAUUGUACAUUUCUCAACGAGUAUCAUUGUUUGUUGCAGGACAAGCUCCUGACGAAACUAGAAGAAAAUGAGCCAGAGUUGGCGACAUCGCAAGAAGAUGAGUGCGUGAUCUGCGUGAACGCCAAGGCGACGAUGCAGACGUCGCCGUGCGGCCACCGCGUCGUGUGCCGCAAGUGCUUCGUGAAGACGAUCCAGAUGGCCGUGUCGCAGCGCCUGCUGCCGCUGCGCUGCGUCAUCUGCCGCGCCAAGAUCCUGCGCCUCAAGCAGCAGCACUGCGGCGGCGGCGGCGGCGCAGGAGGCGGCAGCGGCGCGGGCGGCCACCACGCGCACCACGCGCACGCGCACGCGCACCACGCCCACCACGGCCUGCUGCCGGCGUCCGCCUCGCAGUACUCGGUGGGCGCCGCCUCCGUGCCCGCCUCCGCCUCGCUCUACUCCAUGUCGUCGGGCGCCUCCUCGCUCUCCGGCGUGUCUUCCGUGAGCUCGGCGACGAGCGCGAGCGGCGUGUCGGCGCGCUCCACCAAGUCAGCGUCGGCGGCGUCCACCGUGGGCAGCGGCCGCCUGGGCUUCCCGCGCCAGCCCACGGGCUCCCUGCGCCGCUCCCAGGCGCAGGCCAUGAAGGUCAGCGCGCCCGCGCCCGCGCCCGCAACG